AUGCAUGCGAGGCACGUGCUCGUCUCCUCCGUCUUCCUGUUCUUCGUCGUCGCGCUAUGUACCGUCGUCCUACCCCCGCCCCGGUGGCCAAGGUCGACGUCGUUCUUCCAGCCGUCGUGGCUGCCUCCGCUCAACAGAAGAGAGCGCGACGACAGCGCCGACGCCCACCCGCCGUGCGACUACUCGGACGGACGAUGGGUGAGGGACGAUGCUGCCGACGUGACGACGUACACGGAGGACUGCCCGUUCCUCGACCCGGGAUUCCGGUGCACGCGGAACGGCCGCACGGACUCGUCCUUCCGACACUGGCGCUGGCGACCUCGUCGCUGCGACCUCCCUAAAUUCAACGCGACGGACAUGCUGGAGCGGAGCCGGGACGGCAGGAUCGUCUUUGCCGGGGACUCGAUCGGGCGCAACCAGUGGGAGUCCAUGGUGUGCAUGCUCGCCGCCGCCGUGCCGGCCGCGUCGUCGUCCAGGGUGUACGAGCGGUCCGGGAAGCCGAUCAGCCGGCACAAGGGCUACCUCGCCAUGGUUUUCGCCGACUACAACCUCUCCGUCGAGUACUACCGCGCGCCCAUGAUCGUGAUGGUCCACCGCUUCCCGGCGGCAAACAACGCGACGGCAGGCAGCGUGAGGGGGGGCGUCCGCCUUGACGCGCUGCCACGGCACGCCGACCGGUGGGCCGCCGCCGACGUGCUCGUGCUCAACUCCGGCCACUGGUGGAACCAGCACAAAACCGUCAAGGCAGGAAACUAUUUCAUGGUCGGCGACCGCUUGAACAAAACCAUGGACAUCAAGGAAGCUUUUCAACGGUCCCUGCAGACGGUGAAAGAUUGGGAAUUGAGUAGUGCUCAGCUUUCGGAAAGCUAUUUCUUCUUCAGGAGUUUUUCUCCCUCGCAUUACAGCAACGGCACCUGGAACACUGGCGGUUCGUGCGCCGGCCAGCGAGAGCCACCGACCACAAACAAUGGCCGCUCCGAGGAAGAGUACUCAUGGAUGAACGCGAUGAUUGCGAAGAUGACGGAGGAUAUCAAGAGCCACGGGAGGAAGGCGAGGUUUCUGAACAUCACUCACAUGACGGAGCUCAGGCCUGAUGGCCACCCGGCAGGGCACAGGGAGCCCGGAACGCCGCCGGACGCGCCGGAGGACUGCAGCCACUGGUGCCUCCCCGGCGUGCCGGACGUUUGGAAUCAGAUCCUCUACGCACACCUCUUGUCCGCAGGGUAUGGCACGCGCAGGAACCAGAGAUAA